UUUAUCAUGGUCUCAAUAUUUGAGUAUAAAUUGUAAGAUUAUUCAAAAUUUUCUUUUCGAUAAUUAUUUCAUUUAUUAGAUCCAAAACUUCCAUCUGUAACAUGUUGUUCUUAUACAUUAGCUAAUCGAAUACUUCUUAUGGAUAUUAUACAUAAUUUUACAUUAUGGCUUAAUGAACAAAAAAUUAUAGCAUAUAAACAUGAAACAUUACAUGGAAUGAUAUUUCGUUGUGAUCAAGAACAAACUUUAUAUUUACCAGUACCAUCAUUAGAUCAAAUGGUAUGUUAUUAA